AUGAAAUAUUUGAUCUUUCUUGAAACGUUUUUCGGGAUAAACCGUUUGUAUUUAUGUGGAUACGGAAAGUGGAUCCUGUAUUUAAGUUAUAUUUACAGCGUGAUAUUCCAUCUCUCAGUAGGACUUAUAAUAAAUAUAAAUAUUAUUGCCAACGUUAAUUAUUUACCAACUAUAGUGCAUGACUUGGAGAUGGUUUUCUUCUGUUAUUUGCUUAUUACAAUAUUAAAAAGACUUUCAGUUUUAAAAGCACACGUGGCUAAAGUAUUUUCAAUUAACAUAGAAGAACGUAUUGAUUUUGAAGAUUCACGUAAAUUAGAAGUUCUGUCAAGAAGAGUUAAUCUCGACGUCAGUUCUCUGCACAAACUCUAUGACCUGCUUUAUAAAUGUUCGAAACAGCUCAACUCUAUCAUGAGUCUUUCGAUGAUAACGAUGAUAGUAACAUCAGGAUUAUCUACGAUAGUGAUUUUAAAAAAUACUAUAAAAACAAUUCAGUCCGCAUCAAUAUAUACUUAUGAAAACGUAUGUAUUCUUUCAAGGAUAAUCAUCAGUUAA